AUGACGCCACUCCUCUGUUGCAGAAUACGAGGGAACGCGCGACUCGCAUUCGCGACACGCGACUCCCUCGUGUGCGCGACUCUCGCGUGCUUGCUCGCCGCCUGCUGGGGUCGCGUCGAGGGCGCGAUGGCGGCGCAGGGCGGCGACCGCCUGCCGCGCCUGAUUCUGAUGCAGAACAACUCCUUCGGCGCUAAAUGCCUCGACGGCAGUCCUCCCGGGUACUACUUCCGCCCAGGUGCGCGCGCCGGGGUGCGCAAGUGGGUGGUGCACUUGCGCGGCGGAGCCUGGUGCGCCUCUCCCCUCGCGUGCGCCUGGCGGGCCAGGGGCAUGCUCGGAUCUUCGCGCUAUUUGGCCCGCUCCCCCAAGGACCCGCGGAUCUCCGAGUCCCUGGGCGGAAUCUUGAGCGCGGAUCCGCGGGAGAAUCCCGGGUUUGCGGAGUGGAGCCUGGCGGUGCUAAAUUACUGCGACGGGGGGGGAUUUGCGGGGACGGCAGGGCGGAAGCUGGUCGCGGGCGUGCCGGAGAGCUGGUACCCGCCGCAGGCGUCUCGUCGUGAUAGCGCCGAUAGUAGCGCUGGCAGCAGGGGCACGAGCAGCGGCGGUGCCUUUUUCCCUGGUAGUGUCGGCAAUAACGGCGGGGGCAGCGGCAGCGGCGGUGGCGGAGGAGGCGGGGAAGGCGAGGGGGGCGGGGGAGGCGGCAGUGGCAGCGGGCGGAAGGGCUUUUUCGGGCACCAACGCACUGGUGGUAACAAUAGCGACACUGGCCAUGCCCAUCACAUCCACAACGGCAGCAUCAGCAGGGACAGCGGUGUGGAGGGCAUGAGCAGCAGAGGGGGCAGAAUAAGCAGAGGGCGCAGCCUAGGAGCCAGCGGAGGGCGCAGUGGGGCGGCGAGUGUGGGGGCGAAUGGGUCGGGGACGGUUACCAAGGAGGUGUAUCUGGAUGGGUACAACAUCGUCAGCGCGUUCAUGGCAGAUGCGCGGGGAAGGAGGGGCAGACGGCCGAUGCGAUCGCAAGUGCGUAAGCUAAUGGGUUUGCACUCCAUGCACCUCAACUCCAACUGCAUCGCAGAUUUCCAGCCGUCCAAGCAGUGGCGGUGCUUCUUCCCCCAGCACGCUUUGUCACGCAUGGCGGCGCCUGUGUUCCUCGUGAACAGCCUAUUCGACCAGAUCGCUCUCUCCCUGGGCGGCCAAUUGGACUCCCUCAACCGCACUCACACCUCCUCCUGCAUCUGGGCCAUUCUAAGAGCGCGUAGGGACAUUCAGCGCAUGGUGCUUUCCAAGGGGUUAGUUCGAAGGCAGUUCUGGGCACGGGGAGCGCCGCAAUGGUGUGGGGUGAGGGAGGAGGGUGCGGUGGUGAGUGCAGCGUUUGACACGUUUAAGUAUGUGAGGGAUGUGGUGCAGGUGAGAAAGGGCUUUGGGGCGUUUAUUCUGGCGAAAAGGCCGUGGCAUUGUAGUACCACGUCAUUCUUAUGGUCGGUAGCUGCAGUCAACGGGGUGAAGCUGAAUCAAGCUGUCCUCAAAUGGACCAUGGUCUCGUCCGUUACCGCUUACCUCAUGGCUGCACCAGAAGCGGAGGCCGCCGCGCCGGCUGCACCGGCGGCGGCGCCGGGGUCCGUCGACACGUCGGCGCAGCUAGCGGCGCUGCGCGCGCUGAUGGCGAAGUACGAGGGCGGCGCGCUUGCGGCGUACAUCGUGCCGUCGGAAGAUGCGCACCAGAGCGAGUACGUGGCGGAGUGCGACCAGCGCCGCAAGUUCAUCUCGGGGUUCUCAGGAUCCGCAGGCAUAGCGGUGGUGACGGCGACGGAGGCGCUGCUGUGGACGGACGGGCGCUACUUCCUGCAGGCGGCAACGCAGCUCAGCAACGACUGGCGCCUCUGCAAGGCCGGCACGCUCGAAAAAUGGAUCUCCACGAACUUGCCGCGGGGGGCGCGAGUGGGAGUGGACGCGUCCACGCUGUCUAUUGAUGCGGCGCGGCGCAUCACACACGAGCUUGACAAGGCUGCUCAGCACCUCGUGCUCACUCCCACGAACCUGGUGGAUGAGGUGUGGGGCGCGGCGCGUCCACCGCCCCCCAGCGAGCCAGUGCGCGUGCACCCGGUGAAGUUCGCCGGGCGGACCGUAGCGGACAAGCUGGCGUGGGCGCGGCGCAAGAUGCGCGAGGAGGGCGCGCGCGCGCUCGUCGUGACGGCGCUGGACGAGGCCAUGUGGCUGCUCAACGUGCGCGGGGCCGAUGUGCCGUUUAACCCCGUUGUGCUGAGCUACGUGGUGCUCACGAGGGAUGAUGCCACGCUCUAUGUGGAUAAGAAGAAGGUCACUGAUGAGGUGGCAGCGCAUCUGAAGAGCGAGGGCGUGCAAGUGAAGGACUACGGCGCUAUCCUGCCCGACCUGCAUGCGCUCGCUGCUACCCUCGCCGCUGCUGCUGCUGCUGCCGCUGCUGCUGCUGCUGCUGCUGACAAGGAGAAGGCUGAAGGGAAGGCUGAAGGGAAGGAGGGGAAGAAAGCGGAGGAGAAGGCAAAGGAGGGAGGGAAAGAGGUGGUGAUGGAAGAGGCUAAGGAGGAAGGGAAGGGUGCGAAGGCAGAAGGAGAGGGCGAUAAGGCAGGUGAAGGGAGCAAAGAAGCGAGCAAGGAAGGCGAGAAGGAGGCAGUGAAGGAAAAGCCAGGUUUUAUCGUGUGGCUGUCCCCUGCCACGUGCUCGUACGCUGUGUACGAGGCAGUCAGCAAGCAGCUGCCCACGCAGCACAUGCUGCUGCAGCAGUCGCCCAUCGCCCUGGAAAAGGCCAUCAAGAACGAGGUGGAGCUGGCAGGGCUGCGCGCGUGCCAUGUGCGCGACGGCGUGGCUCUCGUGCGCUUCCUCGCAUGGCUCGACCACCAGAUGAGGGAGCAGCAGGCAGCGCCGGGGUACUUCAAGGAGCGCGUGGAGGCUGCAGGCAGCAAGCGCAAGCGCUCCUUAAGUCAUGCCACUCCCACUCGGCGCAGCACCAGAAUUGCAAGGGGAUCCGGUGGGGAAGGGGAGGAGAAAAGCGUGGUUACUAGUGAGGUGAAGGCGAAGGGUAGGGGGAGAGGGAGGGGGAAGAAGGUAGAGGAGAAGGAGAAAGAGGAGGAGGAGAAGGAGAAAGGGGAAGAGAAGGAAAAGGAGAAGGAGAGGGAUGAAGAGAUGAAAGAUGUGAAUGAUGCAGAAGGGGAGAAGAAGGGCGAGGAGGGUAAAGGUGAGAAGGAAGGGGAGAAGGAAAAGGAGAAGGAGAAGGAAGGGGAGAAGGAAGGGGAGAAGGAAGGCAAAAAGGAGGGGGAGAAGGAAGAAAAGAUGGAAGUUGAGAAGGAAGCAGAGAAGGAAGGCAAAAAAGAAGAGGAGAGCAAGAAGGAAGAAGAGAAGGAAGUUAAAAAGGAAGAGGAGAAGGAGAAGGGAAUGGAAGUUGAGAAAGAAAUCGAGAAGCAAGGGGAGAAAGAAGGCAAGAAGGAGGGGGCGGAGGAAGGGAAGAAGGAGGAGGAGAAGGAAGGGAAGAAGGAAGAGGAGAAGGAAGGGAAGAAGGAAGAGGAGAAGGAAGGGAAGAAGGAAGAGGAGAAAGAGGCGGAGAAGGAGGAGGAGAAGGAAAGCGGGCCUGUGGCACUGACAGAGUGUAGUGUGGCAGACAAGCUGCUGGCGUUCCGACAGGAGCAGGAGCACUUCAUGGGUCCAUCCUUCGCCACCAUAUCAUCGGUGGGCGCCAACGCUGCCAUCAUCCACUACAAGCCCGAGCCCGACACGUGCGCUGCUCUCACCGCCUCUGAAAUCUUCCUCUGCGACUCGGGCGGGCAGUAUCUGGACGGCACAACAGACGUCACGCGCACAGUGCACUUUGGCAUGCCCACGGAGCAUGAGAAGAAGUGCUACACACUCGUGCUCAAGGGGUACAUAGCACUGGAGCAGGUCAUCUUCCCCAACGGCACCACCGGCCACAUGUUGGACGUGUUACCGCGCAAGGCGCUGUGGCAGGAGGGGCUGGACUACCCGCACGGCACGGGGCAUGGCGUGGGGUCCUUUCUCAACGUGCAUGAGGGUCCCCACCUCAUCAGCUUCCGUCCCAAGGCCAUUCAGACUGCCCUCGCUGCCAACAUGACUGUCACUGACGAGCCGGGGUACUACGAGGAGGGCAAGUUUGGCAUGCGCGUGGAGAACGUGCUGCUGGUUGAAUCCACGGAGCUGCCGCACAACUUUGCCGACCGCGGCUACCUCAAGUUCCAACCCGUCACCCUGGUGCCGAUUCAGACGAAGCUGAUAGAGAACUCGCUGCUUUCCAAGCCGGAGCGCGACUGGCUGAACCACUACCACGCGCGCUGCCGCAAGGAGCUCUCCCCCUUCCUCGAAGGUGCUGACCUGGACUGGCUGCACCGCGCCACAGAGCCCAUUAAAGCCCACUAG